AAAAAAACGAACCCCGCCCCCACACCCCCCCCCCCAAAAAAAAAACAACAACAACAAAAAACUGGAAAAACGGACAAUACGUGCAAUAUGAUACCUUUUAUCAUGAUAAAGCGAUUAAUUUAAAGGGCUUGAUAAACACCGCCGAAAUACUGUAAUUACUUUUGAAGAGUUAAAUUAAAAUCUUAUAAACCGUGAUCUAUGAUAAAGUAUGUGUGUUUACGAUUUUGAAUUAUCAUAAUUGUAUAAGAUAAGAUCAGACAGGAUACCAUGAAUAUACGAAAAUCAAAUAAGUAAGAAAAAAAAUGAAAAAGAAAAAAAAACAACCCCAAAAAAAAAAAAAAUAAAUAUAAAAAACAACAAAUAAUCUUUGCCGACAUGUUGAUUGUUUUGAAAGUCAAAAUUUUAUACUCGCUUAUAACAAAUACAGACGGUCUUGAAGACAUUAGUCAUUUUUAAUGUUCUGUUGACCCCUUAAUGUUAAAAUGGACAUAAUACAAAAUGACAUAAUGCAAAAGUGAACUUAGGCCCUCUCAGUCUAAUGUCUAUCUUACAUCUGGAAAACUAAGGCAUUGGUUUUAAAAGCCCAUGGAUACUCCUCGAAGUAUGAUUUUUGCACUUGAAAACCACACCUAUGGCUGUAAUAUAGGACAUAUACCUCGUCUAUGAUUUUAAACCUCAGAUGAGGUCUCUUAGAAGAUAAGCAAGUAGUUGUUGAAACAAACACGCACAUGAUAUGAAGAUGCAAAUCACAGACAAUACUUUGAAACACGAAGAUACAAAUCACAGACAAUAUAAUGAAACAUGAAGAUACAAAUCGCAGACAAUACUUUGAAACAAGAAGAUGAAUAUACAAAUCUGAGACAAUACUAUGAAACACAAAGAUACAAAUCACAGACAAUACAAUGAAACAUAAAGACACAAAUCACAGACAACACAAUGAAACAUGAAGAUACAAAUCACAGACAAUAUUAUGAAACACGAAAAUACAAAUCACAGAAAAUACUUUGAAAAACGAAUAUGAAUAUACAAAUACCAGACAAUACUAUGAAACACAAAGCUACAAAUCACAGACAAUACAAUGAAACAUGAAGAUACAAAUCACAGAGAAUAAAAUGAAGCAUGAAAAUGCAAAUUACAGACAAUACAAUGAAACAUGAAUACAUAAUUCACAGACAAUACAAUGAAACUUGAAGAUACAAAUUAGAGACAAUGCAAUGAAACGUGAAGAUACAAAUCACAGUAAAUACAAUGAAACAUGAAGAUACAAAUCACAGACAACACAAUGAAACAUGAAGAUGCAAAUUACAGACAAUACAAUGAAACAUGAAUACACAAUUCACAGACAAUACAAUGAAACAUGAGGUUACAAAUUAGAGACAAUGCAAUGUAACGUGAAGAUACAAAUCACAGUAAAUACAAUGAAACAUGAAGAUACAAUUACAGAUAAUACAAUGAAACGUGAAGAUACAAAUCGUAAACAAUACAAUGUAACAUGAAAAUACAAAUCACAGACAAUACAAUGAAACAUGAAGAUACAAAUAACAGACAAUACUAUGACAAAUGAAGAUACAAAUCACAGAGAAUGCUAUUAAACAUGAAGAUACAAAUCACAGACAAUACUUUAAAACAUGAAAAUACAAAUCACAGACAAAACAAUGAAACAUGAAUAUACAAAUCACAGACAAUGCAAUGAAACAAUACAAUAAAACAUGAACAUACAAAUCGUAGACAAUACUGUGAAAUAUGAAGAUACAAAUCACAUACAAUAGAACGAAGUAUGAGACACAAAUCACAGACAAUAUAAUGUAACAGGAAGACACAAAUUACAGACAAUACAAUGAAAAAUAUACACAUAAAUCACAGACAACAGAUUGAAACAUGAAGAUACAAAUCACAGAUAAUACAAUGAAACAUAAAGAUACAAAUCACAGACAACACAAUGAAACAUGAAGAUACAAAUCACAGACAAUACUAUGAAACAUGAAGAUACAAAUCACAGACAAUACAAAGAAACAUGAAGAUACAAAUCACAGACAAUACUAUGAAACAUGAAGAUACAAAUCACAGACAAUACUAUGAAACAUGAAGAUACAAAUCACAGACAAUACAAUGAAAGAUGAAGAUACAAAUCACAGACAAUAUAAUGAAACAUGAAUAUGCAAAUCACAGACAAUACAAUGAAACUUGAAUAUACAAAUCACAGAAAAUACAACGUAACGUGAAGAUACUAAUUACAGACAAUACAAUGAAACACGAAGAUACAAAUCGCAGACAAUACUUUGAAACACGAUCAUGAAUAUACAAAUUACAGACAAUACUUUGAAACACGAAGAUAGAAAUCACAGUCAACACAAUGAAACAGGAAUAUACAAAUCGCAGAGAAUUCUUUGAAAUACGAACAUGAAUAUUCAAAUCACAGACAAUACUAUGAAACAUGAAGAUACAAAUCACAGUCAACACAAUGAAACAUGAAUAUACAAAUCGCAGAGAAUUCUUUGAAAUACGAACAUGAAUAUACAAAUCACAGACAAUACUUUGAACAAUGAAGAUACAUAUCACAGACUAUACAAUGAAACACGAAGAUACAAAUCGCAGACAAUACAGUGAAUCUUGAAGAUACAAAUCACAGACAAUACGAUGAAACAUGAAGAUACAAAUCACAGACGAUACUAUGAAACAUGAAGAUACAAAUCACAGACGAUACAAUGAAACAUAAAGACAGGAAGAUGCAAAUCACAGACAAUACAAUGACACAUGAAGAUACAAAGCACAGACAAUACAAUGAAACGUGAAUAUACAAAUCACAGACAAUACAAUGAAACAUGAAGAUACAAAUCAGACACAAUACAAUGAAACAUGCAGGUACAAUUUACAUACAAUGAAACAUGCAGGUACAAUUUACAGACAAUACAAUGAAACAUGAAGAUGCAAAUUACAGACAAUACAAUGAAUCAUGAAGACACAAACCACAGACAAUACAAUGAAACAUGAAGAUACAAAUCACAGACAAUACAAUGAAACGUGAAGAUACAAGUCACAGACAAUACUAUGGAACAUGAAGAUAAAAAUUAUAGAAAAUACUGUGAAACAUGAAGAUACAAAUCACAGACAAUACAAUGAAACAUGAAGACAUGAAGAUUCAAAUCACAGACAAUACAAUGAAACGUGAAGAAACAAAUCACAGAUAAUACGAUGAAACAUGAAGACAUGAAGAUUCAAAUCACAGACAAUACAAUGAAACGUGAAGAUACAAAUCACAGACAGUACAAUGAAACAUGAAGAUACAAAUCACAGAAAAUACAAUGAAACAUGAAGUUACAAAUCACAGACAAAACAAAGAAACAUGAAGAUACAAAUCACAGACAAUACAAUGAAACAUGAAGAUGCAAGUCACAGACAAUACAAUGAAACAUGUAGACACAAAUCACAGGCAAUACAAUGAAACAUGAAGAUACAAAUCACAGACAAUACAAUGGAACAUGAAGAUACAAAUCACAGGCGAUACCUUGAAACAUGAAGAUAGGAAUCAUAGAAAAUACGAUGAAACAUGAAGAUACAAAUGACAGACAAUACAAUGAAACAUGAAUAUAAAAAUCACAGACAAUACAAUUGAACAUGAAGAUACAUACCUUACAAACAAUAUUCACAAUGAGUAUGAACAAUUAAGCAUGACGAUUUCUUAGUUUCCAACUGUAAAUGGUUGAAUAUCAAAGGUGUGGUGUAUCAAUGUAGUCUUUUUAGCAUCACUUGCAAAAAAGAAGAAGAAAACAAAACACACAAUAUUAACGAAAGAUGAAAUUGUCAUAAAUAAUAAGAUUAAUAGGCAUUAUCAAUCUUUACAUAGGUUUACAGACACGAAUUUUGUGUUUUGUGCAGUUUAUUUUUAAGGCAUACAUGCGAUAAUUACGUAUGAAAGAAUGUAUACCAACUAACAGCAGACCAAACGCGACUGUAUAUUUCACGUUAGUGUCUCUAUACUAUAUACUCCCAGUUAUAAAAUUUGUAAAUGUAUUUUAGCAGAGAGCUAUAAGUAUUUAAUUGUUUAUGCCAUACUUACUGUAACCGUUGGUUUAACCGAUUGAUGUUAUUGUCAUAUAAUCUUUAUUUGCAUUGUCUUUUAAUUGAAUGAUUUGGUCCUUCAAAUUAGUAUAUCAUUGACACUGUUCCAAGUCGAAAUGUUGAUCAAAUUAAUUUAAAAUAUUUAUGAUCUUACGCAUUAUCUAUUGCAGAAUUUAAUCAUUUCAGUUUUGAACACGUGCUCUUUUUAUCAUAGCUUUCUGCACCAGUAAAAUUAAUGUAUGCUUGAAAAAAAUUGAAAUUAAUACAACUGUAGUUUAAUUUUUCUCACCAUUAAAUGAUUCUGUUGAAUUUGUAAUAAGUAUUGAAUUUUAAUACAAGUUAAAGAGCUAGCUCUGCAAUCUCUGUUUGCGUAAUUUAUAAGAAUCAAUGCCGCAAACAUCAUCAUCAUCAUCAUCAUCAUCAUCAUCAUUUUCAAAAACAAAACAACAACAACAGCAUUAUCAUCACAUAAUCGAGCAAGAUUGAAAUUUUACCUUAAACUCUUUUUAAGGGUGUCAGUGCCAGUUAAUUUAUGUAUUGAUAAUUCAUUUAUAUACAUUUUAAAUACGUAACAACCAGUUAUUUUCUCUUCCUGAUUCAUAAGUAUAAAAGCCUCGUCUAACGUCAUUCGUGCCAGAGUUGGAGCUUCAUUUGUUAUUAAUAUGGAUAAUAUGAUCAAGAAAACAAUGCAUUCAGCAUGAAUCCUGUGUAUUUAUUUAUGGUCGUUUGUCUACAGCUGAUUGCGACCAGAGUUGCAGAAAGUAAUAACCUUGAUGUAAAUGAUAUCAGGCUAGCUGAUGGAAGUGGAACUUUCGACGGGCGUGUAGAGAUUCAGAUAGAUGGAGUCUGGGGUACUGUGUGUGAUCGGGACUUCCACAUAAAUGAUGCCACAGUGAUGUGCAGAAUGAUGGCUCUUCUCCCUACUGCAUACCUUAGUGGAGCAUAUUUCGGCCAAGGUGUUGGACCUAUAUUUGCCCAGGAAUUUAAUUGCUAUGGAUAUGAGUCACACCUUCGAGAUUGUCGAUUUGAAACAAACGUAUUUUGUUCACAUUCAAGAGACGUUGGGAUUAUCUGCUCUGAAUGUGGAGAAAUAAGUGUAAGUCAUGGCAAAAUCGUCUCAAUAUCUGAAGAUGGAACAAUUCUCACAAUAGCAUGUGAUACUGGAUAUGAAAUCGAUACAAACACCAGUAUUUGUCAAAACGGAAGUUGGUCAGCUUCUUCUCUAGCAUGUACAACAACCGGAUAUCCCUUAAACAUCUCCGGCAUUCGACUUGAAAAUGGUCUUGGAAUAUCUGAUGGAAGAGUAGAAAUUCUAGUGAAUGGCACUUGGGGCACCAUAUGUAGAAGUUACCUCACGCAAAAUGAUGCAAAUGUUAUAUGCAGGAUGCUUGGAUUUCUGUAA